AUGUAUAGACACGCGCUGAAACGUGGGACGGUGACACCACUGGUGACAAAUGAGAGAUGUCCAAAAUGUUCAAAUGACCGUGCAUACUUCAUGCAGAUACAGACGCGAUCAGCCGAUGAACCGAUGACUAUAUUUUAUCGUUGUGCAAAUGCAGAUUGUGGUCAUCGAUGGAAAGAUUAG